GCGGAAGUGGCCGGCUGGAGCCGGGGGCUGGGCGGGGACCGGGCUUGUCGGUGAGGCUGCAGCGGUGGCGGCGGCGGCUUGGCAGGCGGGUUCAGGCUUCGGGGGCCAGCCGCCGCCAUGAUCCUGCUGGAGGUGAACAACCGCAUCAUCGAGGAGACGCUCGCGCUCAAGUUCGAGAACGCGGCUGCCGGAAAUAAACCAGAAGCAGUAGAAGUAACAUUUGCAGAUUUUGAUGGGGUCCUCUACCAUAUUUCAAACCCUAAUGGAGACAAAACAAAAGUGAUGGUCAGUAUUUCUUUGAAAUUCUACAAGGAACUUCAGGCACAUGGUGCUGAUGAGUUAUUAAAGAGAGUGUACGGGAGUUUCUUGGUAAAUCCAGAAUCAGGAUACAAUGUCUCUUUGCUAUAUGACCUUGAAAAUCUGCCUGCAUCCAAGGAUUCCAUUGUGCAUCAGGCUGGCAUGUUGAAACGAAAUUGUUUUGCCUCAGUCUUUGAGAAAUACUUCCAAUUCCAAGAAGAGGGCAAGGAAGGAGAGAACAGGGCAGUUAUCCAUUAUAGAGAUGACGAGACCAUGUAUGUUGAAUCUAAAAAGGACAGAGUCACGGUAGUCUUCAGCACAGUGUUUAAGGAUGAUGACGAUGUGGUCAUUGGAAAGGUAUUCAUGCAGGAGUUCAAAGAAGGACGCCGAGCCAGCCACACAGCCCCCCAGGUCCUCUUUAGCCACAGGGAACCUCCUCUGGAGCUGAAAGAUACAGAUGCUGCUGUGGGCGACAAUAUUGGCUACAUUACCUUUGUGUUGUUCCCUCGCCACACCAAUGCUAGCGCUCGAGACAACACCAUCAACCUGAUCCACACGUUCCGGGACUACCUGCACUAUCACAUCAAGUGCUCUAAGGCCUAUAUUCACACUCGUAUGCGGGCAAAAACAUCCGACUUCCUCAAGGUGCUGAACCGUGCACGCCCAGAUGCCGAGAAAAAAGAAAUGAAAACAAUCACGGGGAAGACAUUUUCAUCCCGCUAACUCUUGGGGACAGAGGAGGAAGCGCUGUGACCGAAGGCUGGACCGCUUGCUGCUGGAUAAUCGUAGCCCAUCGUGUUGCACCUCUCCAGGUUCUUCAGGGACCCUCCUUUGGGUUCCAUUUUGUACGCGUUUGGAAAAUAAUCUGCAGAAACGAGCUGUGCUUGCAAGGACUUCAUAGUUCCCAAGAAUUAAAAAAAAAAAAAAUUCCACUUGA